AUGAUAUCAGUUGAAAGAAACAGCAACCCGCGGAUAUGUUUGUUUGUCAAAAGCCAGGUAACAACACCUCUAACUAGUUAAAAACUGUUUUUUCUUUUGAAGUUGCGUUUUCUUCCUUUCCAGGAGUUUUUCUUUUUUUUAAUUCUCUUUUUUCAUUUUAGUUAUAACUAUUAACAGAUAGAACUUCUGAUAAUUUUGACAUAUUUUAUAGAAACAACAUCAUUUCAUCUGGUUGUUUGGACUGAAAAAGCAGAGUUAGUGCAUUAAGUUCUUUUGAUUCUGUAGAAGGCUUUUAUAAAAAAUAAAAUAAAACAACCUGACGAAAAUUUGGAUUUUUUUUUUUUAUCAGAAAGAGACUGAAAGGCCGUUUUUUAACGCACCUUUUAUAUUCGCUAGCAGGAUUUUCUUUUCUUUCUUACUCCAUUUACGUUACGUGAAAAACCUUUCCUUUCCCAAACAACAGGUUACCGUGUUACUUCUUUGCUUACGUGCUUCUACCGCCAUCCCCAUUGAAGAUGACGCGGAUCGCUCACCGCUGCCCGGUAAUACCGGCGCAUCGCAUUUAGCAGCUGAACACCUGCUUUCCGAUUGGAAGGAAAACACAGUUGACACGUCACGUGAUGAAAAUGUCGCCAAUGAGAAGAAAACAACCAGCCAGCAGCUUCAGAACCAAGCAGAGCUAUAUACAGAAGAGAGAAGGCAUGAAGGCUCUUGUGUGGCAAAGCACUUUUUUGAGUUCUGCGAUGGUAUGUGGGUUAAAACGUAUGAGUGUAAAGACACCAGUUUCACGGCAUGUCAUAAUUCCAUUUCUACGUAUGGCACCAGAAAAUGCGAUCCUAAGAUCACAUUCUAUCCACAGUGUAAAAAAACAUUUAUAACUGCCUGUGUUUGUGCGUAA